UCUUUUUCAUAAAGAGAGGGGAGGCGUAAGAGACGGGGGGGAGGGAGAGAGAGAGAAAGAGAGAGUGAAAGAGUAUGGAGAACGCUGGGAAGCUGCGGUGUCAGAGAAUGGGCUGCGACGCCAUGUUCACGGAGGACGAGAACCCCGAGGGCUUCUGUAGAUUUCACGACUCGCCAAUAUUUCAUGAUGGUAUGAAAGAGUGGAGUUGUUGCAAGCAAAGAAGUCACGAUUUCAGCUUGUUUCUAGAAAUCCCUGGAUGUAAAGUAGGUAAACACACAACCGAGAAACCAGUGCUAACAAAGCCACCUACUACUCCAAAACCAGUUCCUGUACCAUCUGAAGCAACUGGUGCAUCAGCAAAAGAAGCUUGCUCUAGGUGCCGCCAGGGAUUCUUUUGCUCUGAACAUGGUUCACAAGUCAGGAUUAUGAAUCCCAACCCACCGAGUUCAGUAGCAGCUCCCCCUGCCGAAGGCAAUGCAGAUCAUCGGGAAGCCCUUGCUGCUCCAGCAAAAAAGCUAGUCGAUAUAAAUCAGCCCCAAAUUUGUAGGAACAAGGGAUGCGGCCAAACCUUCAAAGAAAAGGACAAUCAUGACACCGCUUGCAGUUAUCAUCCAGGGCCUGCCAUUUUCCAUGACCGGAUGAGAGGGUGGAAAUGUUGUGACAUUCAUGUCAAAGAAUUCGACGAGUUCAUGGCCAUACCUCCAUGCGCCAAGGGAUGGCACAAUGCUGAUCCAGCACCUUGAGAUGAUGCAGAACUCAAUCGUUCAUGGGCAAUCUCCAAUUUGCGUUUACAGAGUGGUUCAUUUUGACAUGAUGUAUGCUCAUUUCACCCAUUCGCAUUGUGAUAAUUCUGCUUUUUGAGACCCCCCCCCCCCCAAAGUAAGAUAAUCUUAUGUGGGUCUUUAUGUUUUCAUUUCAUUGGCUUGUUUUUUUAAUUUCCUGGAGAUUACAACAUAUCAUGACUUAUAGCUCUUCAGUUAUGUUCAUCUAAAAGCGUUAUAACUCAA